GCCGAGGCGCGCAGGUCGCUGCUGGAGCAGAUCCUCGAGCCCGAGGCGGCCGACCGGCUGGGGCGCAUCCGGAUGGUCAAGGAGCAGCGGGCGACCGACGUGGAGAACCGGCUGAUCAUGCUGGCGCGGACGGGCCAGCUGCGGCAGAAGGUGACGGAGGAGCAGCUCAAGGAGCUGCUGAGCGCCGUCGCCGACACGCACGAGGAGGAGAAGAUCGUCGUCAGUCGGCGUAAAGGGUGGGGGGGCCUUGACGAGGAUGAUGAUCUGCUGGAUUUGUAA